UCCCCACCUCGCAAAAAUCCCCCAGCCUUUCCCAGUGCUGGAAUCGCUGCUGAACAGCUAGCAGCAGUUUGCUUGUACAGACCGCGCCUACCCACACACGCACGCCCUUUGACAAUGGGCAAGAACAACGCCAAAGGCGGCGGCGGCGGAGGAGGAGACAAGAAGGGCAAGGGAAAAGAGAAAAAAGAAAGUGACAGCGGGGAGCAAGGGAAGGGAUUGAAGCCCGCGACGUCGAUUAAUGUUCGGCAUAUUCUUUGCGAGAAAUUCUCCAAGAAAGAAGAAGCCCUGGAGAAGCUCCGCAACGGGUCGAAAUUCGAUGAUGUUGCACGCGAGUACUCGGAGGAUAAAGCCAGGCAGGGUGGCUCCCUUGGCUGGAAAGUCCGCGGCAGUCUAGAUGCAACUUUCGAGAAAGCGGCGUAUGAUCUCGAACCCAGCACGACUGGGAAUCCCAAGUAUGUCGAUAUUAAGACCGGCUUCGGAUACCAUAUUAUCAUGGUUGAGGGGAGGAAGUGAUCCAAGUGUGGAGUUAUGGUUAUUAUCUCACGACUUGCCUAUGAACGGUUUUAUUGUCGCAAUCAGUUUACCAGUAGUAGUAGUAGUAGUAGUUACCGUGGCUAUACUCCGUAAUGAUGAUGAUGAUGAUAAUACAAACUGCUAAAAGGGAAAUCUAUUUACAUUUAGAUCUAGAUUCAGUCAAGCUGAAGAGAAAGUAUCCGUCUGCUUCACUCCCUUUUGCUAGC